CACACAAAACCAAAAAAAAAAAAAAAACAACAACAACAAAGCCAGAAAAAAAAAAAACAAGAUCAAAAGAAAUCAAACAAUUUUUUUUUUUCCCAAAUUCAAGAAUCUUUGUUAGUACCUUACAAUGAUGGCAGUUAAAGCAAACCCAAAUUCCCUUUCCCUUUCAUCAACUCAUUAUUACUCUUGUUUCCCAACUCAUAGAAUUUCUUUAAAAAACUUUCCUUUUUUGCCUGAUUUUCAAUGUAGAAACCUUGUUUGGGCUUGUUCUAAGAAACCCAUAUCGGGUUCUUUAAAUUUGGAUCCGAGUUUCUCGAAUUCUGGGUCCGGGUCAUCAAAAAUGGAUUUAAUGAACGAUGGUGUUGAAGUUUCGUCUUCUCCUUCAAAUGCCAUUGAUUUCCUCACUUUGUGUCAUAGUCUUAAGACCACAAAGCGAAAGGGAUGGGUAAAUCAUGCGAUAAAAGGUCCUGAAUCUAUUGCUGAUCAUAUGUACCGUAUGUCCCUGAUGGCCCUGAUUGCUGGUGACCUUCCUGGCGUUAAUAGGGAAAGGUGUAUUAAGAUGGCCAUUGUUCAUGAUAUCGCAGAAGCAAUUGUUGGAGAUAUAACUCCGUCUGAUGGUGUACCUAAGGCUGAAAAAAGCAGGCUUGAGCAAGCUGCUUUGACCGAAAUGUGCAAAGUUCUUGGUGGAGGGAUGAGAGCUGAAGAGAUUAAAGAACUGUGGCAAGAGUACGAAAACAAUGCUUCACUGGAGGCCAAUCUUGUAAAAGAUUUUGACAAGGUUGAAAUGAUCCUGCAGGCAUUGGAAUAUGAAUCAGAACAUGGGAAGGUACUGGAUGAGUUUUUCCUUUCAACUGCAGGAAAAUUUCAAACAGAAAUAGGAAAAAGCUGGGCAGCUGAAAUCCAUUCGAGGAGAAACUCCAUACAGGGAAAAUGACUCAACUGAUCCCCAUUGGUAUUUUGCAUUUAUAUCAUCUUAGUGCCUCCCGUCCUCAAAUAACCAGGAGAGAUAGCCUAAUGUGUUGAUGUAAUUAGAGUAAAAAAGCACUUGCUUCUUUGUUCAGCUAAGCUCCGGUUAAGCUGAAUGCUCGAAGUAAAAUUUAGGUUGUAGAUGUUGUACUCUAGGGAUAUACUUUACAUGCUGCAAGCACUAUGCACGACUGACUUUUUUCCCGGAAUCCUUAUCAAAAAAAACCUUUUUCCCAGAA